CUUUGAAUAAAGAAAAAAAAUGUUUUGUUUAUUCUUUUUAAAAAAAACGCGUGAAUAAAAUCGAAAAGCAAAAGAACAAUCAAGUGUUAAACUUACAUUAUCAAUACAAAUAGCCUACUUAAAGUUUGAAAUUUUGAUCCACAUUGGAUUUGUGUUACACAUUGUGGUAAAGUGUUAAUUUAUUAAAUCAUUGUUAAGUGUUAACUAUUAAAAAAUAUUCAAUGGAAAAAAAUAAAUUCGAUUUAUAAAUGUGGCAUUUAUUUUUAAUAAAUGUUAGUUUAUGGAAAAAGUGGGUUGAAAAUAAAUUUUUAUGUUAAUAUUUGCUCAACUAAUUAACGUGGAUUUCGAAAAAUAUAAUUAAAGAAAAAAAUUUAAUGUGUUAUAAACUAAUGUGAUUUGAAAUGAUAUUAUGUCAAUAUUGAAAAUACGAAAAUACAAUAAAUUAAAAAAAGCCAAUAUAAUAUUAAAUAAUAUUAAGAAAACAAAACAAUAACAAAACGUCACACAACCAAGAUAACCCCGCCACAGAAAAGGUCCACAACAGCAACAACAACACCUACUAAAUAUUUGUUGUUUUCAAUAACUGUUGCUGGUGUUUUUUCCUCAUUAAUGCAAAAAGGUCACGCUCUGCAACAUCAAUGAAAGCACACAACCACAAUUACAAAACUUAACAAUGAAAUCAAAUUAACAAAUCAAAUUAGAAAUCAAAGAAGACACAAAUGGAAUUGAGUGGAAUUGAAACCUGAAAACCAAUUAUUGUGAUAUAACUAUUCUCCCCUAAGUUAAACUAGUUGCAGUUUUUUUUUUUUCUACUCUUUAUUUUCGUCACAACUCAAACUACCUCAGCAAACAUAUCCUCUGGGAACUUUUCACACGUCUACACGCCUAGAAGUCGAGAACUCACAAUAAAACUCUAUCAAAAUGGUACAUGGAGCCCCUGCCAAGAAGAAGACCAAUGGUGCAACCAACAACAAUGACACACAACAAUACGAAAUGGAAUUGGAGGAGACACAACAACCCGUGCCACCCGAUGGUGGUUGGGGUUGGAUGGUGGUGUUCGGUUCCUUUAUGAUACACAUUAUCACCGAUGGCAUGACAUAUUCCUUUGGUCUGUUCUACGAUGAAUUUUUGGUGUAUUUCAAUGAGGGCAAAGGCUAUACGGCAUGGAUUGUCUCAAUUAUGGUUGGUGUGACAUUUGCAUCGGGCCCAAUUUCAUCGUCAUUUGUUAAUCGCUAUGGUUGUCGAGCUGUUACAAUAGCGGGAGCUAUUUUAACCGCAAUAUGCAUUAUUAUUAGUACCUAUGCUCAGAAUGUCCUCACAUUGAUUAUCACCAUUGGUUUUGGUACCGGUCUUGGUUUGGGUCUAAUCUAUUUACCCGCCAUUGUCAGUGUUAGUACGUAUUUCGAGGCCAAACGUUCUCUGGCCACUGGUAUUGCAGUAUGUGGUUCUGGUUUUGGUACCUUUGUAUUUGCUCCUUUGAUGGAGUCACUGCUGGGUACAUAUGGUUGGCGUGGUGCUUUACUAAUUGUUGGAGGCAUUGUAUUGAAUUGUAUAAUAUUCGGUGCCAUGUUCCGACCAUUGGAACCACCACAACCUACCAAGGCGAAAAAGAAGAACAUUAUCGAUCAACAUGCUACACCAGCGGAGCUGGAACCCUUAAAGGCCAAUGUUAAGCAAGCAGAUCAAUAUUUGCAGUUGCCCAAGAGUGAAACAAAUGGUUUGUGUCGCUCGAACAGUGUGGGUCAUUCAUUUAAAAAUAAGUUAAAUGGUUCCAAUGGUGCUGUCAAUCAAAAAAUGGAAAUUUCCGUAGUCUCAAAAUGCACCAGCAAUGAAGAUAUUAUCAAAUCGGCCAUGAGUCAACCGCAUUUGGCCCAAUUGAAGGAGCAUCAUCGUGAAAAGUCGGGCAGCGGUACCAUGUAUAGGCCGGAUAUUUUGUAUCAGGGUUCUUUGCUCAACAUACCCGAAUAUGCCAGAUCACGUCAGGAUUUGUCGGGUUCAGGUGUCAUACAACGUUAUGGUUCAGUUAAACAUUCCCAAUUGGAUUUGAAUGAGGAGGAGGUGAGUAAUUUGUUUUCUUUUUUUAAUUGAUUAUUGGUUUCUUGUCAUCACAGCACCAUUGUAGCUUUCAUUGACAUAUAGCAGAAACAUUUGAUGCAUUGCCACCAUUAGGACUAUUGCUCCACUUAUUAGAAAUAAUAAUUUUUCAUGGUCACCAAAAAACCGUAAAAUUGUGUCGUACAAAUUUUCUAAAUAUUCGAGAAUAGACAUUUUUGGAAUUAGACUUUUUAAUUUUUCUUAAAAAAAAUAAUUUUUAAAAAUUUUAGUUUUG